AUGAAGGACCGCAAGUCUUCUCCUCGUCAUCACUGCCCUCUGCGGAACGGGAGCAAGGGUAACUGUCGUCGGCUGAAUGGUUACUGUUCUGCGCAUCAGAUAAAGUGCCUUCGCCACGAUACUAUCCAUCUAAAGACCGAGGUCUGCGGGGACUGCGAAGCCGAAGCGGCGGCGGCGGCAAGAAAAGCAAAAGAAGAUGCUGAUAAUCUCAACGGGGGUGAGGACGGGAAGAAGGGCAAAGACAAGGAUCAGGACAAGGGCAAGGGCAAGGGCAAGAAGAAUAAGCAUUAA